AUGCCUCAAAAACAUCCCGAAUCACCUCCUUUCUUUGACUUCAUCGUGACUCCAGGCGCUUCACAGUGUGCCCCCAAGAAAGAUUGCGGAGUUCGAACGACAACUUCUCCUGCGAUCAAGAAUGCUCCUCUGCCCGCCGAUGGUGCAGGAAACGAUUCUUGGAACAAUACUCUGCUAUUGUUCAUCUUAGUAUCCAUUCCGUGGUUCAUAUCAAUCCAACUCGGCCGUGGCCUCUACUUUACAAUCUUCGUCGCGAUAUGCACCGCUAUCCCAAUUCUUAUGGUAUUCUGGACCAUCUUCUCCUCCAUGUCCCCACGCAUGAAUGAAAAGGCAAGACUUCCGGGCCGGCCGAUUGAACAUUAUCUCAAUUUCCGCACUCAAGGCGAUCGUGCAAAAUACCGGGGUAAGAGGAAGAUCCCCAUUGAGGUGUUUUACGAAAAGUAUUUCCGGGGUGAUGUUUCUUUUAAAAGUGGAGAUUGUCUAGAGAAUCUGGAGUACCGGCACGAUUGGGCGAGCUUCAGAUUUACAUGGGGAGUCUUUCGGCAUUUCCUGUUUGGAUUUGUCCCGGAACUUAUUGUGCACUCUCGAUCUCAAGACGAGGAACAGGUCAGCGGGAACUAUGAUCGCGGCGACGACUUCUAUGCAUGGUUCCUAGGCCCUCGUAUGGUAUACACUUCCGGUUUGAUUGGUGAUGCCACCAGAGAAGAAUCCUUAGAGCAGCUGCAGGACAACAAAUUGGCAGUGGUUUGCGAGAAGAUUGAAUUACAGCCUGGUGAUACCAUGCUGGAUGUUGGUUGCGGCUGGGGAACCCUUGCAACCUUUGCGAGCGUUCACUACAAGGCACAUGUGACUGGGGUCACGCUUGGUCGCAAUCAGACCAAAUGGGGUAAUACUACCCUUGAAGGCGCUGGAAUCUCCCAGUCUCAAAGUCGAAUUCUUCGCAUGGACUAUCGUGACUCGCCUAGGAUUCCUGGUGGAUACAAGAAGAUCACAAGCCUUGAGAUGUCGGAGCAUGUCGGUGUUCGUCACUUCCGUGGAUUUCUUCAACAAAUCCAUGAUAUGCUGGAUGAUGAUGGUGUUUUUUUCUUGCAGUAUUCCGGGCUUCGGAAAUAUUGGCAAUACGAGGAUCUUAUAUGGGGACUAUUCAUGAACAAAUAUGUUUUCCCGGGCGCUGAUGCCAGUACCCCCCUCGGAUGGGUUAUUGAUAAACUGGAGGGAACCGGCUUCGAGAUCAAAGCCAUUGACACUGUUGGAGUGCACUAUUCGGCAACGCUAUGGCGUUGGUAUCGUAAUUGGCUUGCGAACCGACAGAACGUGGAGGCAAAGUAUGGAGCAAAGUGGUAUAGGACCUGGGAGAUCUUCCUCGCCUGGUCUACUAUCGUCUCCCGUCAAGGUGGUGCUGCUUGCUAUCAGAUUGUUCUUGUCAAGAACAUUAAUUCGACUCAUCGUGUUGAAGGGGUGCCAAGCCAGUUUGGAAUCACCGGAGCGAUCAGGUCAGCGGUUGAGAAGAUUGGAAAAGUUCCGAGUGCCUUCCUUUCUUAG